CGGUGGUGAUGGUCAUGCGCCUCGCAUAGCGAAGCACAUCUAUCUAGCGUGGUUUUAUUCUUUGCAGUGUCAACAGCGCAUUUUUAAACGCACACCCGACCGCCACCAGCACCAACCGCCGGGCGACGACGCGACGACGACGACGAUCACGUCUAUUCGUCCACACUCACACACACACAUCGCAUAUACGCCAUCGUCUCAUCGACUAGUGGAAAGCGAGAGAGCGAGAGAGAGAGCACCUGCUGCUGCUGCUGCUGCUACUCCUACUCGCUACGAAUUUGCUACUGUUGCUGAUUAUACUCACACACCUACUCAUUCGUUUCGAGACUCUUAUGAAGUCUGUCAAGGGUCUUCUCUAGCUCUUACUGUGUGUCUUUAAAUCAACGAAACGCCAACAUGGCGAUAAAUGGUGGCAGUUUGGAAGAUUGCUUCUCUAACGUCUACGCUUUGACGGAGUUGAACGGUUUGAAGUGGCGAUGUUUUUUGACGCCGUCGAAUUCGCCUCGUGGGAUACCCGUCCAAAGCGACCCCAUUUUGAAAGCGUAUGGAAAUUGUCUGCGGGAUGGAUUGAUAUGUACGUGGCGAAGGAAGCCGUUGGAACUCAGACCCAACGAGCCCCUUCCGCUGCCGUCGUUUACCAACGAGAUUUCGAAGGAGCUAUGGCUUUUUUGGUACUCGAACGACCCUCCCGAGAAACUAUCGAUAAACACUUCUCACCUCGAUGCCGAUAAUAAUGGAGUUGGUACAGCAGCAAACGGUAUAAACUAUGAGGUGCGCGUACUGUUGUUCCAAGCAUUGCAUACGAUGAUUGAACGAAGUAUGGCAUUGGAUGGCUUUGUGCGCUUUGGUCGAUGGUUUACUCGGCCGCUUAGGCAACCGCUUCCGGGGAGGCAACAUCUCCUUCCUCAUUAUAUUAUGGCUACUAAUGUGCAGUUCUUUGUGCAUGGUGGAAAUACAGUGUGCAUGACGGUGAACGCGCAGCGACAACCUCCACUCUUGCGUCUUUCGAAACGGCAUCUUGGAUGCGGCAAAAGGGUGCAAGUAGUUGUUGGUCCAUGGUCACUUCGCGCCGUUCUUCUACCACCGGACACAGAGAUCGGUCGGAAUCAACCGAGUGCAGAAAAGCAGUGGGAAGAGUGGAAAGAAUUUGUGUCAUCUUUGGCGCAAGAUCUCGAUGAUACUGAUGACGACAGCCGGGAGGAAGGAGUUCCACGGAUGGUUCCUGUUGAAAUUGAUGGUAUUCGUAUGCUGUACCCUUCUUGCUAUGUUUGCGUGACAAUGGAAGAUGAUGCCGCUGCGUGUUCUACAGACGAAGCAGUGGCUCCGUCCAUGACUCCCGAUGAACUAAUAACUCCAGACAACGGUCGUCGUAACCAGCUACUGGUGUCAAAUGCAAACGGCCAUUCAUAUAUGCAAGGAGUGCUACAGAACGCCUAUCUAAGUCCAUCCCGACCACAACCUGCUCCAUUACCUCCCCCUCAAGUCGGACCUUUUCAAGCGCCAUACCCUCCUCAAAUGGAUGAUGACACCAGGUGGAAUUUCAUCGAUCCCAGCAAGAAUGAUACUUGCUCCUGUGAAAACUGCACGCAUCAGCCUUCACCUGAGUACUGGGCUUCACUUGAAAGGGAGCCAGUAGUGGAUUGCCCAUUGGCCGCUCCCAUCAAAGUAGCACAAAAACCUGGUUUGGUCAAAACCAAUCCUCUCUACACGGCGAUGAAGAGGCAAAGCAAACGUCGAUCUAAAUAUUCCUAUCAUCGUCGGUUUCCGCUAAAGUCGGAGCCUUCAGAAGAACUCUCGUCACCUUGCGACUCUGUUGCAAGCGAGCAGGAUACUUCUGAUGAUGAAUCCUCUGGUAUUCCUGCUUGGGCCGACACUAACAAGCAGAGCCUGGUUACGGGAAUUUAUUGCAGCGCAGAUGACGCGAGUUAUCACUUUGGAGCGGCAACCCCCUGCAACUCAAGUGAUGACGAAAAUCUUGCGUGUAGCCCGUUUACACCCAUCAAGGUAGUCUCUCCGUGUACAAACUGCUCUUGGCCUAGUGCGCCAGCAGAACAAAUUCCGGAGGAUGUAUUCAAUCAGAUCUUCCAACCUAGCAGCACAUCCCGAGUACCACCAACGGCUAGUCAAGAGGAGCGACAACGUGAUUAUAAUUGCUACUACAACCCUACGCUACGGGAAGACCCCUACUAUAUGUCCUACCAUAGCAGGCGGUUCGGAGAGAAGCGCCGUUCAAGUUAUCCCCCUAGCAUCAAGAUCCCCGCAAGCCCGGAACAACCGGGCAGCCAGGAAACCAUUCCCGCCACAACAUCUCCGCCUCCCGAACUCGAGGAACAUCGGAGGCGAAUUCCUGAAUCAGAUCCCACCGUGACCAUGACCCGAACAACAGGGGAUUUUGACGCGAAGGAUAAGCCCGACGUCCAGGUCCGCUCAAAGAGACGAUCUAGAAAGUUAAAAGGAAGCAUUGAAUGGCCUGAUUUGGAUUUGCUAGACAUGGCAUAUUUAUCUACGUCUAUGGGGGAAGAAAUGGAAGCCAGGGUGUCGCCAUGUCGUGUUACACCCAUAUGCGAUAGUGACUCGGAUGACGAAUUGGAGGAACAAAUCGCAUCUCUCGAUGUUGACGAGACGAGAGCCAUCGGGGAAGGUCCAUCUGGAUUGGGCCAGUUCCUAAGCACAUAUGAGACCCAUCUCGGUCAAGGACCAUCAUUUGAUGCUAUGGAUGUUGAUGAAUCAGUUGGCGGUGUUACGUCUGAUAACAUCAACUUGUUGUCUCCGCCAGCAAGCAACGAGAGACCUGAGGCUUACGCUGCUAUGUCUAUGAAUUAUGGUUGGCCUCGAAUAGGUGGUCCACCAUCUUGUGGAGACCCAUCUAUGAAUCAUAUAUAUCCCACUCCACCUAGCGUGCAGUCAGAAGCACAACAGUUCAGUCCUGCUCCAAUGUUACCGCCUCAUCAGCAGUAUGCGAUGCAGCAUCCACAUCAGAGUGUGACGCAAAUUCAGCAGGCAAACACGAUGGACGCAUCGAUGUUUCCUACAGCAGCGGGUCUUCAGCAAAUGCCACAACCACCAGCUCCUUCAUUACAAGCCGCCGAAGCAAAAUCUGAUGGAAAAACAGAUAAAGAAGAACCUAUGGAUGAUUCUGAUGAUUCUAAAGAUGAAGUGAUUGAUUUGAUUCCUGCAGACAGCAGAAUGGGUAAACUGUGGAAACGCGUCGAACUCUUGCCUGUGAAUGGACACGUGCGGAAGAAGAUGGUUCCGUCGUCUGUUAGAUUUAGCCCAGCAGCAGAUGUCAGAAUACUUUGUGCUACACUGACCACCCGACGAACACCUCUGCACAUGCCUCCGGACUAUCAAAAACUUGUCCGGCUCAUGGAGAAGCGAGUUCCAAAGCAAGUAGAUACCUUGUUCUCAACGCAGUUCUCGACAUCCGUAACCUCAACUCCUACUCAAAUGCCGCCAAUGGCGGUGACAUCAUUCCCGAAUUCGAAUAACUACAAACCCACGUUUGGUCCAAUAUCGGGCGGCAUGACUCCAACUCCAGCUCAGAUGCAGAUGCCCCCCAUGCAGCCACCACAGUCACAUCAUAUUCAGCAGUUCCCGGCUUCUCAGAUACGAACACCACCGAUGAUGGGUGGCCGCAUGGGAACACCCGUGGGACCAGGGGCAGCACCCAUGGGGCCUCCGUAUGCGCCCACAUCUGGACCAUAUGGACAGAUGAUGGCUCCUCCAAACUCUGUUCAGCAACUGAACAACUUCGUGCAUGGACCUAUGUUUAACACCAAUGGACAAAUGAGCCAACAUCCAAUGGGUGGUUUGGGACCCAUGGGACAACCAAUGGGUCAGCCUAUGUAUCCCGGACAGAUGCCAAUGAUGCAGCCAUGUACGACUGCUGGAUUUGGUGCUCCACCAAUGAUGGGUGGUUAUGUGCCUUCGGGACCGAAUAUGAUGGGUCCACCGCAUCCGAAUGCUCCACCUGCAUAUCCGGGAGCUCCGGGACCACCACCUGCUUAUGGGACGUUAAAUCAGAUGCAGCCCAUGCAACCUCCCCAUAUGCGUCAAAUGCCAAUGAAUCCGGUCCAGCAGAUGAUGCCAUCCCAGUCAACAAUGCCUAUGAUGAACAAUUAUGGUGUGAAUCCUGCUGGACCGACUACUAAUGGAAUGCACAUGUCCAGUCAGCCAUCCAGGGAAGUCGUUAUCCCGUAUGCAGAAGGCUCGAGUGUUGUUCUGGCAAUAAUUCUGCAGGAUACGAUUCUCGAUUUGCACUUUGAUUCGGUCUUUGAUGCGUGUCCUAUAUGUUCAUGUAACACAUCGAUAAGGGCCAGGGAGCUGGGUCUAUAUCUGACCCCACCAGAUGCAUUACGCAUGCCUUCACAAGUACAGCAGAAACAAAUUGGUUCUUGGAGUGGAUUUGCUCUGGCUGAGGGGAAUCCGUGUACUUGUGGAUUCAGCGCGGUUCGUCAUCGUUACCUUUCGUUAUGUUCUGGCCUGUUUCCCGAAGACUCUCGAGAAGCAACUGCCAUCGAGCAUUCCGUAGCUCCUGUGAAUGGAUUAGGCGCAGAAGUCGGCUUGCAGACUAGCAGCCAAAUGUGGUUUGACUCGACCAGCUCAACAGAUGUUAAUAUGCUGGAUCUGAUACGAAUCAUGUGUCAAGAGCAUUACAUGGGUUUCAUGGUCAACCAGAUCGCGCAGUUUGUAGAACAAGCCGACAAAGCUAUCAAGCCCCAAGAAGUUGGUUUUGACGUUUCGAGCAAUGCUGAGUAUGUGUUAUCUCAAGUCGAUGCAACAGAGUUAAUGCUCAUUGGAAACUCUGCAGCAGAAAUGUCAAGAAUCAGUGGUAAUCGAUCAAGAAAUGCGAACCAACCAAUUCUGCAAUUCUUCCAUCCUUGGGGCUUGCAGGUGGCCAAUGAAGUGCGUGAUCCACGCGAAGCAGAAUGGAGAGGAUUGUUAUCUGAAAUUGGUCCUAUACUUGAAAGAGCUAUGAGAGUUGUUAGAUGCAUGCAAAAUACCGGUGGUAAUAUCGUGGAAGGACCUCUGACAUGGAGGGCAUUGACCGGGAAAAGUCAGCAUAAAUCUCAUUCUUUGAAUCACGACGAUGACAUAAGUCUACCAGAGCCAAUCCCAUACAUCAAUGUUGCGGCAGAGAAAGAUGCGAUUAGGGCUGCACCACAUGUCAUCCGUCACUGGGAGCACCUUUCUCUAGGUCCCAUCGAUCAACCGAAGGAUGUGCUUUAUCUUACGGUAGUACCGGAUAGCCCAGAUGUGUGCAACAUGGCUUUGAAAUAUAUGGAACAGCUGAGCCAGAUGUACGAAAGGAUGCGGCUUGGGCGUCACAUAGCAUGGCCUACGGGAGCUGAUGGACGUGAUGGAUGUGUCAAAGUUGGCAGCCGCAACCAAAGCGGCAAAUAUCCAACGGAAACCACCACACUCGAUUUUCUCAAUCUUGUGAGCAGAUACGUCGACAACAAGGCAUUUAUGACCAAGCUCAGGCUGUUCACCCAGCAAAUGGAAGAAUCGCUUCUACAAGUGCUGUCCGAGAGAGAUGACUUGUUCGAUAGGACGGCAUUCCGUGAGACAUUGGCAUUGGAUUGGCGUGCAAAAAGAGCUGCAGCCGCUGCUGUCGCAUUGGCUGUUGAACAACGAUUAGCUGAGAGCACAGCUGAGCCGGGAACCACGGUUCCUCCGCCCGAGCCACCACCACCUGAACCUCCAUUAGAACCUGAAGACAUUCCUGUUGAUGACCCUGGCACCCUACCUCACGUGAUUGUGAUCUAUGUGUUUAAUCCGUUCACUUGGGGUACAGAGUUCAGAAGUGGUUUGUUCACGAGGGUGGCAACCUUAGCUGUGAUGCGAGCGUUCAAUACAGUUUGUUUGCGGCUCCCUCUGCGUCGUCGUCCACAAUUGCAACUAGAAAUUGUUCCUAUGGAACAGGUGGCAGAUCUUUUGGGCUACCUCCCGGAUUACACAAACGACAACUCAGCAUCUCAGUAUCUGUUUGAGAACAGUGGUGGAAGUGAACGCGAACAAGUUGAUUGUGUCGCUGUGGAAUCGUUGAGAGCAACCGUAUUAUCCGUGUAUACACAACCGAGAGUUUUGGCAGCUGAUUGCAUCAAGAGUGUCCAGGCAAGAUGUAUGACCAAAUUUGGUCCAGGAAGUAGUCUGCUAGAUUCACUUGACGAAUGGGAACGAAAUGGUCCGAAUGUGUUCUACAAGGUGCCAUCAAAUGCUUACCAUCUUGCUCCUCCUCCGCUGCUUUAUCAGAAACAUGAAAAUGGCAGAAUUAUUCAGUCAUCUCCGGAAGAACAGGUGUUGUAUGUAACGUACUGCGUUAUCGGAUCUGAUUGGCUUUGUGUCACCGUCACCGAUUCUCUCGGUCGACUGAACGAUAAUUGCCUCAUCAAUCUGAAGACCCGUCAUGACCAUCACAUCUACAAAUAUCGUCAACAAACUCAAAUACUUGACGGGAUGAGCCGCCUUUGGACUUACAUUCUUGGCGUUCUCUGCAUGGAAACACGAAAUUGGAGACUUGUCAUCGGACGUCUUGGACGAAUUGGUCAUGGAGAGUUUAGAGCGUGGACAUAUUUGCUGAACAAGACGUCCCUGAAGCGGCACUCAGCUCGCCUCAAGGAAGUGUGCACUUCAUGCGCUCAAAUGCCAGGCUGUACCGGAACACCAAGCAUUCUCUCUGCAUGCCUUGUAUCCACAGAACCCGAGCCGUAUCUGAGAAUGUUCCCCGGCUUUGCUUCUACUGACGCAUACAGCAAAAAAUCUCGAUCGGCUGGAGCAGAUGAUACCACUGUCACUCACAUUAUGGUGUUUCCAACCAGUGCAGACAUCCAGCUCGGUGCUGCUGAGCAACACGCUGCUGGUGAUGAUGAGUGGGAUAUGGAUCUCGUUGAUAUGGAUAUACCACAAGAUGGAAAUGAUAUCAAUGACGAGUUUAUGCAUAGUUUAUUCAUGGACAGUGGCCCGCCACAACCCAGUGCUAGCUUCCGGACUGCAGGGAACUCAUUCUUUUCCGAAAACACUGCCGACGUGUCAAUGGAAAACCAACCGCUAGCAACGGGUUAUUACGUAUCCACUGCACCUGCAGCUGAUGUACCAGACUGGUUUUGGUCGAGCUGUCCUGGCGCAAAGAAUCGAACGCCAGUUCACUUAAAGUCCUCAUUACACAUCAAUGUACCUCUAGUGCAUCAGGGCGAUGAAUUCUUGCAAGGAAAAUCAGCUAUCGGUGACAAGCAAGAAAAGGAAAGUGGUCAUCCGUUGGAUAGUACCAAAACGGAUGAAGUUCUAAGACAUGUUCUGGAGACCUACAAUGCCCUUUCUUGGUUGAACAUCGAUGUUGUAUCGGGAGAACGACGUAGCUGCCUUCCGAUCCACAUGCAAGCCCUCAUCAGAUUAUAUCACUCGGUAGCGAGACUCAUCAUGUAAUAUAGACUGAAACUAAUUCCUUGAAGAAUUCAUCUGCUUCAAUCAUAUAUUAGUCUUUCAAAAUCUCAUCAACUAUGUGGUGUGUUCAACUCGCAUAUUCAACUCGUAAUCGUUUUGCGUAGGUGUGCUUGUAAUCCCGGUUGUAUAGAUUCGGUACAAAUCUACUUGGUACUCAUGCGGUUUCCUAUUUAUUCGGCGCUCUAUGUGCUUUUUGUGUUGUUGUCGUUUUUUUGGCCAAUGCUUCAUUUAGCUAAAACUGCUUUCUUAACGAACUGUGAGCGAUGCUCUUUCUCUCUACACUCAAAUUGUUUUUAUUAUUUUUUGGCUACGAUCUCGGCCACGGUAUAUAUUGAUACAAACAUUUCCGAGACACUACUGCAUCAUCUUUCCUAUUUCUGUACAUUACUUGCUAAUCUAUCAUAUUCAUACCUUUCCAACAACCAUUUUUCAAGUAAACAACAACAUAUCAACUCAUUCGCUCCAUUAUCACACUUGCUUCAUCAUCCACACACUUUGCUCUCUGCAUCAUCUUCUCAUACGCUGCUCGGUUAUGGUACAAAUCAUUCACUAUUGUUUUGAACUGAACAUUGACGGGUCCUCACUUGUUCUGCGUAGGUGCUUUUACUGUCUCUUUUCUAAAGCCUAAACAUAGUACUUCUGUGGUUGUAAAGUUCGCAUAAGGUGUGUGUAUGCGGUACGUUGUAUCUGUGAUACGUUGUACUGCACUGGGUUGCCCCUGGAAUGCGUGAUCUGUCCGUCUUGAAGACGUGGCACAUUCUAUUUGAUAGCAGGUUCUUUAGGUCAAUGCUUAUUAUACUUGUUCUCGAUUUCGUUUCUUCCUUGAUUUUCUUGUUUCUAAUAUUUUAUCAUGAGAGCUAAUGAAGAGUAAUAUUU